AAAAAAGGUAGGGAGGGGGUUGAGGCAGACCGAGAGCGGGUAAGCGAGCGGCGGCGACGGAAGGGAAGGCAGAGAGAGGAGAGGGGGAGCACAUGUGUAUGCUUGUCACCGAGGUAGCUGGCCACGGCCGCCAUAUGCUGACUGGAUUCUUGCUCAUAUGUGCUGCGUGAAGACUGCAUGCUGGUACUGGGGAACACGCCAUGGGAAGCUCACAUCUCCUCAACAAAGGCAUGCCUCUAGGCAUCAGGCCACCGAUCAUGAACGGGCCCAUGCACCCACGCCCCCUGGUGGCUUUGCUGGAUGGGCGCGACUGCACCAUAGAGAUGCCCGUUCUGAAAGAUGUUGCGACGGUGGCUUUCUGCGAUGCGCAAUCCACACAGGAAAUCCAUGAGAAGGUACUCAAUGAAGCUGUGGGAGCACUGAUGUACCACACCAUCACUCUAAUGAGAGAAGACUUAGAGAAGUUUAAAGCUCUCCGCAUCAUUGUGCGCAUCGGCAGCGGCUACGACAACAUCGACAUCAAGUCUGCUGGCGAACUUGGAAUAGCUGUGUGUAACAUGCCUGCCGCCUCAGUCGAGGAGACGGCUGACUCCACACUGUGCCACAUCCUUACCUUGUACCGACGCACCACGUGGCUGCAUCAGACGCUGCGAGAGGGAACAAGAGCUCAGAGUGUGGAGCAGAUCCGAGAGGUGGCUUCAGGAGCUGCAAGGAUCCGAGGGGAGACACUGGGACUCAUUGGACUAGGUCGGGUGGGCCAGGCUGUUGCACUGCGAGCCAAGGCGUUCGGCUUCAACGUUUUUUUUUACGACCCCUACCUUGCUGAUGGUGUUGAGAGAUCCCUGGGCCUUCAAAGGGUCACCACACUACAGGAUCUACUCUUCCACUCCGACUGCGUCUCACUGCAUUGCAGCCUGAACGAACACAACCACCACCUGAUCAACGACUUCACCAUCAAGCAGAUGCGUCAGGGAGCGUUUCUGGUCAACACAGCUAGGGGGGGUCUGGUGGAUGAGAAGGCCCUUGCUCAAGCCCUGAAGGACGGGAGGAUACGCGGAGCUGCCCUGGAUGUUCACGAGACAGAGCCUUUUAGUUUCAGUCAGGGCCCGCUGAAGGAUGCGCCCAAUCUGAUCUGCACUCCUCAUGCUGCCUGGUACAGUGAACAGGCCUCAUUGGAGAUGAGAGAGGAGGCAGCCAGAGAGAUACGAAGGGCAAUCACAGGUCGUGUACCAGACAGUCUGAAGAACUGCGUCAAUAAGGAGUUUCUGACUCAGAACAACCACUGGACCGGGGUUGACCCAGCUACUGUCCACCCAGAACUAAACGGCGCCUACCGGUACCCACCAGGGGUUGUGAACUUGCCAGCCGGUCUCCCGCCUCCUGUUGAAGGCAUUAUGCCCAACGCUGUACCCAUCAUGCACACUCUACCGCCUGCUAUCACACACCCUCCACAUGCACCAUCACCUGGACAAAACACAGUCAAGCCACCAGAGGGCGACAGAGAACAGCAUUCAAAUGAUCAGCUGUAGUCAAAACAUUCCUUGCCCUUUCGCUGCAGAGUCAUCACGGCGAGUCUCCACACAUCUAAAUUAAGUCAACCAAUUGAGGUUUAAAUAACUACUGAUUCCAAAUGUAAAGGCAAUUGACACCCAGUUGCUUGUUUGCACUCCAAAGAGAAAGUAGAAGAUGCUACCACCCAUUGUCAAGAAGAGGAAAGAAAGACCAUUUUGCUCAUUUGGAAAAAAAAGACUAACUCCAGAUUUCCACGACAUGCGUAAUGGCUGCUGAACGGCUCUGCUGCGGAACGGCUCCCGUGAUACGCCGUCGCAAUGGGCGCCUUGACUUGCCUUGACUAGCGCAAAAGACAACAGUUUUACCUUGGGCAACGACUACUUUAUUUUGUAUCUAUAGCAAGCAGCAACAAACCCACUUGGCCAGCUAGCAAACACACACUUUUCAUUUAACUCCCGCUGACCAGUCCCCUGCUUUGCUCACACCUGUGUCAAUACACACAGGCCCCCAAAAUAGUUGUCCCAGGAUAUGCCUGUAGGAUGAUUCUUUGAUUUUGGACCUUCAAAAACAACAUCUCAUUCAUUGUGUCCACGGGGUGAAAUAACGUCUGUGAAACUUUGACCAAUUGACUUAAGGGGUACGCCAAGGUAUAAAAUGCAUUCCGCCUUCGACAUAUAAUAUUUCAUUUAGAACAUUUUUUUUUGUGUCUGUGCAUUAAUUUCUGUCCAGCACAUGCAGAAUUUUGCUGAAUGUAUGUGUUUAUAUGGCAGAGGCCGUGCACAGCGUGCCCACAGGCGGAGAAACUGACACACUGACAAGAAUGGAUACGUAUUGGCUCUGCCACGUUUAGCAGCCGUUAUGCAUGUAGUGGAUGUCCAAGGUAAAUCCGUUGUGUUAGACCGUGGUGUUUCCAGAGUUAGAAGAGCAGGUUUCAUGACUUUCUUUACAGUAUUUUUGUCAUUUCCUUAUUUUGACGUACAAGCAAAAGUAGUAGGCUAUGAAAUGAAUGUAAGCAAUGUGUGUACAGUUUUUAGAUGCCAGGCAAAAGAUACUAAUAUCUGUAUUCAAAUUCAAACAAAUAUUUGGCUUAUUUUAUCAAUUGUCUCAACACUUUGAGAUGUUUACCUUUGCUUGUGUUAACAGACUAACCAGCCCCCUGAUAAGAGGCAGCUUUUUUGCACAGCAUCUCAGGAAAUUACGUUUCCGCAGUUUAUAUAUUCUUUUAACUUUAAGAAUUCAAUUUUCUGCCACUUAGUGCUUUUUGUUCUUUGGACUGCUGGCCUUUUUCUUGUCCCACUCUAUGACAAAAUCAAACUUGAAGAGCUUAAGUUCAAACAAUGUUUGUUGUAGUUUGCUAUGUUUAAGGGGCAUGCAAUUUUGCUCUUGGGACUUGUACUAAAUGUUCAACCCAUAUUGAGGGCUUGUGAAAAGAAAGACUGUAGAAAGGUGGCAAAAUGGUAUGCUUGGCUGGGACAAUUUCAUACCCAGUCAAGAUUUUUUUUAUUUCACUACAAUGUUGUUGGAUCACAGGCUGUCAACGAACUGACGCACUGAGACGCUAUACCGUAGCAGAUUUAAGAAACUGAUAAAAAAUGUGAAGUAUAUUUUCUUCAUGUUUUCAUGAUCCAGCGCUUCUACUAUUUCAUGGAUUAUUCAAUAGUAGCAGAGCGUGACAAGUUAUGCACAAGGUUUACAAAUGGUGCACAAUUGAAUAAGAUUGUGUGUCGCUUUACUUUCUGCUGAGGGUUUUUUUAAUACACACCCUUCAAAUCCUCAGACUCCUCUGCAGUAACACAAAAGUAUGUGAAGGACAACACUCCAGCCUACUAUCCCUUUAACAUUUCAUGAUGGGUCCUUACUAAGUAUACCGUUUAGCCACCGCUGUGCUCUCUGUGUCUGUGUGUACAUAAUAUGGUGUUCUGCCUGCCUGUGUCAAUGUGACUUGGUGGUAUCUGUGUCUAAAAACAGCGCUGGGAUAAGGAGUGGUGCAUUGGACUCCCCUGAAGGCAUCGUCACUAACACUUCCACAGAAAUUUCCCACAAAAACAAUUGCAAUGUGGGGGUACAGACUUGUCUCAUAGUUUAAACCAAGAAUAGGGAACCUAUAUUCAGUAUGGCCCGAGCGAGAUAGAAUCUGAACAUGGGACAUGCAAUCCGAAUGAGUUAACCCGAAAACCCAAAACAAAUAACUUACAAAUGCUCAUACUUUGUCCACCAGGGGUUAAACACAAAAUAACACCAAAAAGUUUUCCUGUUUAUGAUCUUGGAAGUUAAGCCAAGUCACGUUGCUUUUAGGACCGCACUCUACCAGUGUCUGAGUAGCUAACAGUUCACUGUUGCCUAGCUGUUCUUUAGGGUGAGGUAGUAAGCGUAGCAAUCAGGGAUGGACAUUUCACAUCAACAUUACUGGUGGGUCUCCUACAACCUGAGCUUUUGUCAAAAUCGUAUUGGGGUGUCUCGAUUAGAUAGCACACAGGUUAAAUAUCAUUGUAUGUCUGGGAUCAUUGGGAUUCUGAAAGGAAUUCUGUGACAUUGUGAACUAGAACCCCACACAUUCCUCACAAGAUGCCUGUCACCGUUUGGAGGAGACACUUUGCAGAGAGUGCAUUAUUUCCAUAGCUACCUUAAUGGAAACUGCCGUCAUCAAGACAAAAAGCACACAAACUCAAAAAAAUGCCAUACGAAAUUCCAUCCCUGGUAGUGAAAUACAGUCCAUUGUUGCCUACCCUUUGUCCCUUUUAUGGUUAAGUAGUAGGCGUAGCAAUAUACAGUACAUAUAUAUUCUAUAUUCGACAGUAAAUAUUAUUUUUGGUCAAACCUGACAAAGAUAUGUUUGUGAUUGUAUGCAUUUGUAUGAAUUAUUUUAAAAGGAAAUAAAACCGUGGAAGAUGA